AUGUCAAGAUGUUUGUGGUUAAUUGUUUUUCUACUAAACCUUAUUAGAGCUGAAAUAUCCGAUGAAGAUGAAGAGUACAGGAUGAAAAGGCAAAUUAAUUCUAUACCUCUCGUUUAUCCUUAUGGAGGUACUUAUAAGUUCAUCAUCGGUUUCUCAUCACCAGUGCCGAACAGAGACCACAUAAGUCUAGCGUUUGCCGCCAACUUCCAGUACCAAUAUCUACAGUUUCAGAAUAUAUCUGAGCUAUCUAGAUAUUACUUCAUUAAAGAAGUUUCUAGAGAGCAGAGGGACGCCGAGUUAGAAGCGAGGAAGGAUGAGAGACUAGUUUUUUACAGAGCUGUCGCUGAUAUGCUCGAAACCAAAGGAAUGAAUGGGCAGGAUUGUGUAUUGCGGGCGAUAUGUGAAGCAGCGCAGUAUCCUGUGGAGGAAGACGGGCUGGUGGGGGAGGUGCUGCAUAUUAUGUUAACGCCAGACUACGGUAAAACCCCUUUCGACGAAGAAGACCCAGACUACAUAGAAGCGAUGUCACCAUACGUAGAUGCAGCAGUCGCCGGCCGGCAGAUGUUCGAGUGUGCGUUUGUGUAUAAUAAGUGCCCACAAGGACAAGGCAUAUUGGAACUUAUAUCUGCGCUUCAUGAUGAAUGA